AUGACGCAAAACUAAUUAAAAAUGCUGCUUUGUGUAUUAUAAGUAGCUUUUAUAUCAGCUGGACUUUAUUUCUAUAUAUUCUGGAAGAAAUUAGAUGAUGUAAAGAUUACAUUCAUAAAUUUCAGAAACCUUAUUAUGAAUAGCUGGCUUUUGUGUAUGGGCUAAUUUUAGGAUUCACAGAAUUAUUAGUUGCAAUAAUUUUAUUCAUCCUAAUGAAAACUCAUGUUCAAAUCACAUCCCUGGGCUAGAUAGGUCGUUAUAUUAGACAGAACUGCUACAAGGAAUAUUAUGCUCUCAUAAUUAUAAAUUUGGUAUAGAACAUUAUAAUUAGGCAUUCUUAAUAACUUUCAAUAUAAUUACAAUAGUGGACUCAGAAUCAGUAAGUUUUUAAAAUAUUUAAUCUCUUCACUUUAUAGCAGCCUAUUAUAUUUAAUCAGUUCUUUUCGCAUUGUUUUCAAAUGACUUAUUAAAGAGAAGAGCCUUGAUUCCAAAUGAAUUUAUGUUUGAAAGAGAAGGAAUAUUUCGAUGUGCAUAUGAAGUUCUAUAUUAUGUAGUGUGUUUAUUCAUUGUAUUAAGUAGAUAUAAAAAUAUGAAAAUUAUAGGUUACUUUUUGGUAACACAUUUUGAGAAAUUACCUGAACCAAAUCAAACCUUAUGUUAAUUAAUCAUAUUCACAUUACUAUACUAAUUUUAUUCAAUAACUAAAUUGGGUAUCUUAAUAAAAAUAUUUUUAAUAAUAACAACUACUAGAUUACUAUAUUCAGCAGCAAAUUCUAUUAGUAAUUUGAAAGAUGAUUAAUAGAAAGGAUCUUAGAUCACAUUGGUAGUGAUCACAAUUAUAUUUUUAAUAAGAAUGGUUUAACAAUGUAUAAUAGGUAUUAUAAGAGCAAGAGAAUAAUAUUUAAAUUAAACUGAACAUCAACCACCUGAUAUAUUAAGUGCAUUAAAUUUAUUACCACCAAGAGACCCAUAUUUAAGAUAAUCAGCAUAAAUAAUAAGUGAAGAAUAAAUUGAAAUGUUACCUGUUUAAAAAUUUAAAAUGGAAAAUGAAUUUGUUUGUUCAAUAUGUGAUAUGAAUUUAUUAAAGAAUGAAAUGGUAAUGAAAUUAAGUUGUUCACAUAUUUUCCAUUCAGAAUGUUUGAAACCAUGGAUUAGAAUAAAGAAUUCAUGUCCAAAUUGCAGAUAACAAAUAUUAAGUUAAUUCAUGCAAUAAAAUUAAAAUGUAGAACAAAUACCUUAACAAUUACAACAAUAAGUUUAAAAUAUUUAAGUAGAAAUUCCUAUAAAUGAAAUCAAUUAAUAAGCAUUAGAUGUACCUUAGAGAUAGAUGGAGAUAUAAGAAUGA